GUCUGCCCAACAUAUUCCCAUCAAGCCUCCUCUUCAAAAUGACUUCGAACAACCUCACGCAAUGCUGCACCGUCGGCUCUCUCCACGAAGGCAAAGCCAAAGGCGAGAUCAAAGACAUUGGAAGCAUCUCGGCCUACGUUGCCUAUCCCCCCGACGGGUCGACUGACAAUGCCAUUCUCGUCCUCACUGAUGUAAUCGGCCAUAAAUUCAUCAAUGCACAACUGAUCGCAGACCAAUUUGCCUCGAAAGGAUACUUUGUCGUCAUGCCGGAUCUGUUCACUGGUGAUACUGUACCGCUCAACCGCCCUGAAGGCUUCAACAUCAUGGAGUGGGUGAAGAACCACUUGCCCCCUCAGACUGAACCCAUCAUCGAUGCUGUGCUCAAAGAGAUGCGCGAAAACCUCGGAUGCAAGCGGAUUGGAGGAGUAGGAUACUGUUUCGGUGGUAAGUAUGUCUGUCACUAUCUGAAGCCUGGAAAACUUGAUGUGGGUUUCAUCGCACACCCAACGAUGGUGGAGGCGGAUGAACUCAAGACGAUCCAAGGACCAUUGAGCAUUGCUGCUGCUGUCCGGGACUUUGUCUUCACCACCGUAAAGCGCCACGAGAGCGAGGAAAUCCUGGACCAAUUGGACGUCCACUACCAGUUCAACAUGUUUUCAGACGUCGAGCACGGCUUUGCUGUGCGAUGCGAUCUGUGCAAGCCACGGCAGAGGUUUGCCAAAGAGCAAGCAUUCAGCCAGGCUGUGGUAUGGUUUGACCAGUACGUCAAGGGUAGCCAGAAGGAGAUUUAACGUUCGACAUAGAUGCCAAAUGCGUAUUUCAUUCAAUUAAUAAUAAUACUAUGG